AUGUCUCACUGUCAAGCUGAAAAUGUCAUCAAGAACAUCAUCCGUGAAAUAGGACAAGAAUGUGCAAUGAAAGGACAAAAUGUAACAGAAACUCUGGUAGCAUUCAUGGUGAAAGCUGUUGUACUGGAUCCAAAAAAUGAAUUUAAUGUGGAUAAAACUCUAACAAAGGCUGAUGUACAGAAACUUAUUCAGCUUUGCGUUGAAAGACUUCUUGAUGUUAAAAAUCCAUCCUUGAACACAAUUAAGAUGCAAGUUUAUUUUGAUAUGAACUAUACAAAUCGAGUUGAGUUAAUUAGGGAACAGCAUCGUGUUCUAGACUCCAGGCUUGCUCCAGUAUCUAGAGAAAUUACCGAUAAUCGAGCUCGUACCCGAGAAGAAUUAGAAAGUGUUUAUCGAAAGAUUGUCAGCUAUGUGCUGCUACGGUCUGGCCUUGGAUCUCCUACAGACAUCAAAGUCAUUAGAGAGGCAACUGCUGCCCUGCAGAGUGUAUUUCCUCAAACAGAGCUUGCAGCUUUCCUCUCUCUAAGUAAAAAAGAGAAAGAACAGCAAUUGAAAGAACUCACCAUGAUUGUCACAGGAAUUCGAUUGUUCAACAAGGACAAUGGGAAAGGCGGCGAAGGCAUUGAUGACUUGCCAAUGAUUCUGAAUGAAGCUAUCCCAGCAGCCAGCCAUCAUAUAGACGUUGAACUGCAUGCUUCCCAACACCUGGCUUACCGAUACACAGCCUUGAUUGAAAUGAUGCACCAGAGUCGAAAUGGUGACAUGGAGCUUGGGCAGACAAUGUUGAAAGAAGCCCUCUACAAUGUCAGACAACAUGAAGCUUUCCUCUGCAUUAUUCUGUCCGAUGUGAUCACAUGUGCACAAGAAGUUGAACUGAUGCAAAAGGAAUUUGCAGCUGAGAUGGAACAGAUCAACAACAUUGUUAAGUCAAAAACAGCAGUGCCCACGUCUCUUGUUUAUCCUGCAUUUAUUGGACUUUCUAACCUUUGGACCAGUUUUCAAGAUGAAAUAUUGGUGCUCAGUUUCCUCAAUAAUUUGACCGUCAGUCUCCAGCAGUUCUUAGAAACCCACACAUUAAUCUUUCCUGAAGAGUUAAUAGUGCCUCUUCUUGAAGGCCUUGUUAUCAAAACUGAUGAAGAAAGGUUACUAAAGCAUGCAGAUGAGAAAGUAAAUCCUGCUGAUUUUGGCAGAGAAGAAUGGUUCUUUCCAGAAAGUACAAUUAAUUUUAGCCAACUGCUGUUCCAGUAUCACGGGUUUUGUGCAUACACUUUUGCUGUUUAUGAUGGCCUUCUCAUCCCAGGAAAUCCUUCCAUUGGAGUCUUGAAACAUAAGGAGAGAUAUUAUUCUUUUAAUUCUAAGGAAGCUGCAUAUAUGUUUGCCAAGAGACCAGAUAAAUAUAUUAAGAUGAUAGCAGAAAAAGCAAAGGAAUGUGCAGAGCUUAUUCAGCUGCUUGAGCUUCACCAUCAGUUUGAAUACCUGGCUCCUUAUUCUCAGUUUAGAAUGAAAGAGAAGCAUUUACUUCAGCCAAUCUCAAAAAGUGACUGCAGUACUCAGACUGAUACCCACAUUUUGCCACCAACAAUUGUGAAGAAUUAUGAGUGGAAUGAAUGGGAGUUGAGGAGAAAAGCCAUCAAACUGGCUAACUUGCGCCAAAAGCUAACUCACUCAAUGCAAACUAACCUCAGUCAUAUGAGACGGGACAACUGCAGCCAAGUAUACUUGUUGAAGGAUUCUGGCACACAAACUAAGCGAGAGAACAGUAGCAACGUACCAAAGCCCCAGAUUUUCCUAGCUGGUCUUCGUGGAGGAACACCUCCAAUUACUCGUAUGACCAAAGUGAAUUUAACUAGAGCAGUUGAUGAAACAUAA